AUACGCGCAGUAUACUCGCUGACGUUUGCACACCUUCACGUGUUGUGAAAAAGUUCGUUCUGCAAAAAAGUGAAAUUUUGCGCGUAUUUUGCCGUUAUUAUCACAAUGAUUAUUCCUGUGCGUUGCUUUACAUGCGGCAAAGUAUUAGGGAAUAAGUGGGAGGCUUACCUUGGUCUUCUACAAGCAGAAUACACAGAAGGAGAUGCGCUCGAUUCACUGGGCCUGAAAAGAUAUUGCUGCCGUAGAAUGUUGCUGGGUCACGUGGAUUUGAUUGAAAAACUUCUCAAUUACGCACCACUGGAAAAAUAAUUCAACUCUUCGUGUCCAAAGAAGAAUUAUUUCACUUUCAACCUUAUUUAUAGACACAUUUUUGAAGUACAAGAUUCACGUCUACAGUUCAGUAACUAUGGUUUGUAACCAAGAAGCAUUGAUUCAGUUUUUUGCUCUUAUUCAAGAUCUAUAAUUGAUUGUAAACGCAUUGUGAUAUUAAUGUAAUUUUUGCAAUUGAAU